CUUGAAUGAGUACUGAAGCCAUUAAUCUCAAUCACCUAGAAGUUGCUCUUACAGUGAUAAUGUUUGAGGAUCAUCAAAGCACUGAAGCAGACAGCCGAUAACGCGAAACGGCCCCCCAACCUAACAUAAAGACAAAGAAAAUCGAACUCUAGCAUAAGGAUUCUGUUGAGUAGUUGCUCGCAGAUAAAGCAAUUUUGGAUUGCAUCAUUACCUUCCAGAUCAUGGAACCGAUACCUUGCGCCUUGGAAACUAUCGUUCACCCCGAAAAGCAGAAACGGAAAAGCGACACGAAAUCAUGAGAAAUGCGCAAGUGGAAUAGACAAGAGUGCCUCAGUUUCAUGUCGAUAAAUGAAGGGUGACGCAUAUGAUACUUUGAAAACGGGAGUUGCUGUUAUCAAAGGAGAGAAUUACAUAGCCCACGGCUUUCGGUGGGCGUCGCGAAGGAUCGUGUUGGAUGUUGUGCAUCGUUGUGUACGAAAAUAGUCGUCUUCAAAAGCGUCUCGAGAGUGCCAAAUAUGCCCGCUCGCUUAUCGUUGUCGAGGUUGGUUAUGGCGCUGCUUCCUUUCGUUCAUACCUAAUCAUUGCUAUACUCCGUCGUUCCAUCAGCUAAGAGGAUCGUCUUCGGUAACCGACUGAAUCCAGCAUCUUCGUAACACACAUGGCCUUUUAUGACAAAGAGUUCCUGCCACGUCGACCACGGCGAGAUUCAUUGGUGGCUGUCUUGGUAAGGGCGUUAUCCACCAUGACAUCGUCCUUCUUGAUACUUCUUCGUGGAAUCCAGAAAAGCUGAACUGCUCCGAUAACAGCUACAACAACACAGCUGAACCACGCUGACACGGAACCUGACAGAGCAUAGAAAACUCCAGCAAGAGGCGGCGCAACAGUACGUGCCAAACAGGCACCAGACAUAGCCAAGCCAUUGACUCGGCCAAGCACCUGAGGAGAUGGUGUAGCAUCCUUAAUAAGAAUAAGAGUAACGGGUGCCACUAUCAGCCCGCAGAAACUCUGCAUUAACAAUGAUGCGUAGAUUCCCAAGGAGACAACUGGUUCGCCAAACGCAGAGAGGAAUGGCAUGAGCAAGUAGGAAGCAGGAUACAAGAUAAUCAUGCUCACAAAGGAAUGCCAUACUCCAACGCGGCUAACGAAUACGGGGAAGAUGACGGCCUGGAUGAACAGACCCAGUACUCCGUUCACUGCAAGGUAUACGCCGACAUCGUGUACGGUGUAACCAAGACCACCAAUCCAGUCAAUAGUUCCGCGUUUCUCAGCAGGAUCGUCGAGCAGAUACGUGGCGAGAAGGCUGCUUGCAGCCAUCUGGUGAUACGAGAAGAUAAGUAGUGCGACGAUGAGCAUCAUGAUCGUCUUGUUGAACGUUCGUUCACCGGACUUGGCCUGCUCGUCCUCCUGCUCCUCGUUAGGGGGUGUGAGAAGAUCCUGAGGAAGGACAAUGGAGUGCACAGUUCCGAAAGAAGAGCGGCGGAGGUCGAUAAAGUCGUGUUCAACUGCCAUUCCAAGACUGGACUCGGCAAAGCGAGGUCGUGAUCGGCUGGUGGAGGGAGACAUGUGUCGACGGCUGCGAGAAACGGAGGUGCGGACGGCAGAGCGUCGGAGAGGUGUGCGCUCAUCGAUAGAUUCGAGAUCGUCUAUAGCAGGGACUUCUUGGUAAUUGAUAACGCCAUUCUCGCCCUCGGAUCCGGGCUUCACAAGUGUCUCCUCGAGAAGAAAGAGUCCUUGAAUAACGGCGAUGGCCACCACGGCCACUGACACAAGGUUAGGGAGCAGGUAAGGAUAUCGCCCAAACAGUCCAUCCUCUGAAAAGAUUGAAGGGUAAAACUUGGCGGGUUGAGCGAGGAAACCUCCCAUCGCGGAUCCGAUGAUGCCGCCAAGAGUCCAGACGAAAGGCUGCACGGCGUAAGCCUUGGCUGUGAGAAAGUUAGCAUCUCCACGAUAAUCCUAGCUCAAAGAAAAACUUACGCUCAUGCUCAGGCAAUUUCACCAUCUCAGCGACCAUAGUCUGCAUGACCGACACGUUUCCGUUCAGCGCGCCGCCGACAAACCUUGCCAGAAGAGCAACCCAAUAGCUCUUAGCCAAACCAAAAAUGAGACUCGACAAUGCCACGCCAACGAGUCCAAACAGAACAACAGGCUUUCGACCGACGCGGUCCGAAAGAAUACCCCAUCCCAUCGAGGUCAGCGCCUCAGCGACCGCAUAUGCCGAGACGAGCAGUCCCGCGUAAAGUGAAGCAUCUUUCUCAGCAAUACCCAAAUCCUUGACCAUCACAAAUGUGUAGGCCAGAAUGGAAUUGAAGGCAAUCGGCUCCGAAAAGCGACAUAUUGCUGCAUGUCGUGGUUAGCGCUCGUGAGAUUAUCAUGGGUGAGGGGCCGUUAUGGCGGUGAGAGAGAGGCGCGCAUACCGAGAAUUAGAAGUUGCCUCGUGGGGAAAGCAUUAGGAUCUUUGUCUUCCCUUGCUCUCAAAUUCAUGAUAUUUACAACAAAUCUUGAGUUUCUUUUCUUCUUCUCUUGGAAAGUAAAUGAUCUGAGAGAGCAAGGGCGCGAAGUUGCAAGACCUGAAAGUGAAAAGAGAGUCCAAGAGAGAGAGAAAAAACUCUUUUGGUGGGCCUCAUGACUCUCAAGUAGCCUAACAGAAAAUCCACGGCCGCUGAAUGAACGAGUGCGCUUAUGGUACUACGGCCCGCAAACCGACUCGGUGCAACGCUACUGUAACCCCCCACGCAAGUUUUGCAGCGUUGCCACCCCCCGGUCAAUUCACGACAUCCAAUGCAAUGUUUAUCACUUGGCAAACGAGGGGGAAAGAUCCUGGUUCACGGAGAAUCUCUGCUAAUACUGCGGAUAUUCUCAGCGCAUCAUCAUUAUCGCUCCAUGCAAGACAUGAGCUAAUGGAAUGGGCGUUGGCGGAGAUUGAAUGCCUCUGCGCAUUCCCGCGUCGACCUCCUCCCCUGCUCAUUACUCAAGAUCUCGAUAGCCAAGCACCAACACGAAUCACUCACUGUAAGAAUUUGCUUCUUUUUAAGCUUUGAGCUUGACUGGUGUCUUCUUG